ACUAACCUCAUUAAGCGCUAUCAUCAUGUCCGGUCUUGGUUUGUCGUCUCGACUUGCCUUGAGUGGGGUUAUCCACCCAGUCGCGUGUAUUGCUUUUCAAGGACGCCUCUCUGAUGCCGCUUUUGGUCGUGACGGUACUAGCCGAGCACGUUUCCUCCUCGAAUCUGCUCUAACCGAACUCCUUUCCAUUGUCAUCGAAGGCAGGUGUCCCGACUACAACCUCACUACUCCAUGUGACCGAUGUCUGGAUAUUGAACAAGCUCUAAGCCGAUUUACUGGCUUCAUUGCUCCUCCUCCCCAACUUGUCACCUCUAAAGGAGGCAAAGGCAAAGGUGGCAAAGGCACUAGAUUCCCUUCCGAUUCAGUGCCAGCCAACAGUCACAUUCAAGGUCCCACAACCUCCAGCACUGGUAUCGACAACCCGGUCAAGUCUGAUCCUCAACAUCACUCCUUCUCCUAGUCUACCGCUACCUUUCUGAGCCUACGUACAAUACCAUUCUUUUCCCAUGAUUACCUUUACUACCAUACGAUAGUCUACAGCCACUGGCAUGGAUCUCAGUAGACACCACAUUUAUCCUUCACCUCUCAUCUCAUGUCACCGAUCAUCAUUCACAUCUCAUCCCAUUUCCCUCAUCAUUGAUUCUCACCU